AUCAAGCUACAAAACAAAGAGCAGCAUCAAAGUCUCUCAACACUCGCAAACAAAUAUAUAUAUUUGAAAAAUUAAAGGAUAAAAAUGAAGUCUUCCUUGGUCCAGAAGAAGCUCAUGGAACCUUUGGCUUGCCUCCUGCUGAUAAUACUCAUGUCAGGUUGUGUAGCUGCUAAAUGUGGAGCUAAGGGUGGUGGAAAUGCACCUCCUCCCCCUUAUGGUGGUGGGGGAGAUACACCUCCGCCCCCUUAUGAUGGCGGUCAUGGUGGAGAAGACGCACCUCCACCACCUUAUGAUGGAGGUCGUGGUGGUGAAGAUGCACCUCCCUCCCCUUCUGGUGGCAGUGGAGGAUGGACAUUUCCACCUCCCUUCCCUUCUGGCGGCAGUCCUGGUGAUGAAGAUGCACCUCCCUCUCCUUAUGGUCGUGGUCCUGGUGGCAGGGGAGGAUGGAUAUUUCCACCUCCCAAUCAUUACAAGAAUUGCAUGGGAGAACACAACUCCUCUCUCGGCAAAACCACCAAAUUCUCCAAAAAAACCUCUCCUUUCGUCUCUCAUGGAACAUCAUCUCAACGUCCCGACAAAACCCACCUUCUAUCUCUCAUUCAUGCCUCCAAAACCAUCCAUGAACUCCGCCAAAUACACGCCCAAAUCUUCCGCGGCAACCUUUUCUCAAGCAGCAACCUUGCCACCGGCUUGAUUUCUGCCUCUUCUUCUCUUAAAUGCAUUGAUUAUGGGCUCUCCGUGUUUUGUUUUUUCGACCCUAAGAAUUUGUUCGUUUUCAAUGGGUUGAUUCGCGGCCUUGCGGAGAAUUCGAGAUUAGAGAGUUGUAUUUCCCAUUUUGUUCUUAUGUUGAGGAUGAGGGUGAGGCCUGAUCGGCUUACGUAUCCUUAUGUGCUUAAAUCUGCCGCUCGUUUGCGGCUUUGUUGGCUCGGUAGAACUCUUCAUGGAAGGGUUGUCAAGUGUGGAGCUCAGUUUGAUUCAUUUGUUCGGGUUUCAUUGGUGGACAUGUACGUGAAAUUUGAGGAAGUGGGUUUUGCGCAGCAGCUGUUCGAUGAAACUCCUGACUGGAUCAAGAGUAGGAGUUUAUUGAUUUGGAAUGUGUUGAUUAAAGCGUGUUGUGCAGUGGGGGAUUUAAGCAAGGCUGUGGAUCUUUUCCAGACAAUGCCAGAGAGGAAUACUGCAUCUUGGAAUAGUUUGAUAAAUGGGUACAUGAGAAAUGGGGAUUUGGAUAGUGCAUCCAGGCUCUUUGAUGAAAUGCCUGAGAAAGAUGUGGUUUCUUGGACGACGAUGGUUAACGGGUUCUCAAAUAAUUGCAACCAAGAGAAGGCAUUGCAGAUGUUUUUUAAGAUGUUGGAGGAGGGUGUGAGGCCGAAUGAUCUAACUGUUGUUUCUGCUCUUUCAGCUUGUGGCAAAAUUGGUGCCCUUGAAGCUGGAGUGAGAAUUCACAAUUAUCUUAAACGUAAUGGUUUUCAGUUGAAAAAGGCAGUUGGUAAUGCUCUGGUAGAUAUGUAUGCAAAAUGUGGGAAUAUUGAGGCUGCAAGUAAGGUUUUUGUCGAGACAAAAGACAAGGAUAUUCUUACCUGGAGUGUUAUGAUAUGGGGUUGGGCAAUCCAUGGGCGUUUUCAGCAAGCUAUUGAAUACUUUAAACAGAUGAUGUAUUCAGGAAUAAAACCAGAUGGAGUUGUGUUUCUUGCACUCCUAACUGCAUGCACACAUGCUGGUCAAGUAAAUCUUGGGCUUAACUUCUUUGACAGCAUGAGGCUUGACUAUUCCAUCGAGCCCACCAUAAAACAUUAUGCAUUGAUUGUUGAUCUGUUAGGCAGAGCUGGCCGACUUGGUCAAGCUUUGAAUCUAAUCCAAAGAAUGCCCAUAACUCCUGAUUUCGUGAUAUGGGGAACACUCUUUUCUGCUUGCAGGGCUCAUAAGAAUAUCAAAAUGGCAGAACUAGCUUCAGAGAAGCUCCUAGAGCUGGAACCUAAGCAUCCUGGGAGUUAUGUUUUCUUGUCAAAUGUUUAUGCUGCAGUAGAUAGGUGGGAAGAUGUAGAAAGAGUGAGAUCGUUGAUGCAAACCAAAGGUGUUGAAAAAGAUCCAGGAUGGAGUUACGUUGAGAUUGGUGGCAAAGUACAUAGUUUUGUAGCUGGUGAUCAUAGUCAUAUGCAUGCAAAAGAGAUAUACCUAAAAUUAGAAGAAAUAGUUAAUGGAGCUAGAGAACAAGGAUAUUUGCCCGAAACUGGGUGGGUACUUCAUAAUAUUGAAGAGGAAGAGAAGGAAGAUGCAUUGGGAAGUCAUAGUGAGAAGUUGGCACUUGCAUUUGGAUUAUUUAGUGCUGCCCCAGGGACAACUAUCAGGAUAGUGAAGAACCUUAGAGUAUGUGGGGAUUGUCAUUUUCUCAUGAAAUAUGCUAGUAAGAUGAGUGAAAGGGAGAUUGUAUUGAGAGACAUUAAGCGAUUCCAUCAUUUCAAGAAUGGAAACUGCUCAUGUGGAGAUUACUGGUAACAUGGUAGUUACCUUGUACUGACAGCAUCUGACAUUAUGCGGGCAUUGUUGAUAGCUUGUGUGAGUUGAUUUUUUCAAUUUUAAAUUAAAAAUCCAUGAAUCAUAAUGACAUGGAAAUUAACAUAUGUCGUUAUGUACUGCCAGACAAGUAUAAAUUGAUGAGUUGGAUCUUUGUUGUUAGUUACGAAUAACACUUCUUUGUUGUAAAGAGAAUCAGUUUAACAAAUUUGAAUUAGUGUU